GUGUAUAAAUACGACAGUGGAGAUGUGCAACACACCAGAAUAGUUCAGUUCUUGUUUUUACUUGAAAGUCUGUUCUCCACUGACUGUGCAUCUGAGACAGGAUUCUGCACUCUGUGCUUACAAUUACAGGUAAGAAUGAACAUAACUAUCUUUAAUCAUAAUACUGUUAUACUAUUACACAUCUGCCAGAUAUUAGUCUCAAUUAACUGUGGCAUUUUCAUCUGAUAAGUUUGAUUGUCGAGUUUAUAGAUUGGUGUCUCUUUAUAUAUUGUUUAACUUUGGGAUGUGAACGUCAUGAAUGUCAUGCGUAACAUUUAACUACAAAACUUAAAAGUUAAUAGGAAACUAAAAAUUGUGUAAGAUACUUUUAUGCAGCUUCUUUUCUUAUAUAAGUGGCACUACAUGCACACAAAUGGUUAAUUUUACAGGUGUUUGGGUCAAUGCAACCACAGUUUUAAUUUAAGCAAAUUUAUCUAGCAAGAUACCAAGAAAGACAAUGUUUCCUGUUUUUUUUUCUAGGUAUUUCAUCUGUGUCCCAUGAAUCUAAAAGUAUAUGUAAUCUUGUUUUAAUGUUUUUCAAUAUCCAUUUUUUAAGGACCUCUAUGUCUGCCAAAAAAUACAAUAAUAAGGAUGCCUACUCUUUUUCUGAAGUUAGUAGAUCAAUUCUUGUUACACUGACGCCUUGUGAGAGCAGUUCCUGUUUCUAAAGAACCAAAUUUUCACAUGAUGUAGCAUGUGGGUCGAUAGGUUGUCAGCUCCCAUAAGUCAUCCUUUUAUGCUUUUGGUUUUGAUAUGAUAAUACAGUGUAUGACUUGGUGAAUCAUUGAAAACAUCUCAUUCAAGGCUGUCCCUCAUUGUAACAGGUUGUUUGUGUCUAUGCUGCAAGAAGAUGAACCUCUCCACAGUGAACACCUCUGAGGCAGACACGCUGGGCUUUGGUUAUGUUGCCUCCUACCAUGAGAACAUCAUAUUUGCUACAUUUUACAUCCUCAUUUUCAUCAUUGCGGUGCCUGGGAAUUCUCUAGCACUGUGGGCCUUCUUCCACCAGGAAAGCACGUCUCCAUCUAAAGUCUUUCUCAGACACCUAUCCAUCGCAGACAUCUCAUAUGUCCUUAUUUUGCCCAUGCGUAUAGUUUAUCAUCUCUCUGACGGCCACUGGCCUUUUGGACAUGUUGUCUGCAAACUAGCAGGCUUCCUCUUUUACUUGAACCUGUACUGUAGCAUGUACCUAAUGAGUUUUAUCAGUCUGGACAGGUUUCUGGCUGUGGUUCUACCCAUAAAAUCACAGCUAGUUAGGAAAGCUGUGUAUGCAAAGGUGGUUGUUGGCAUACUUUGGGUGAUGAUCAUUGUGUCCAUGACUCCGGUACUUUUUUCCAAAGACAAUGAGAAUGAUAAUUCAACCAGCAGCUGCGACAAGUUGUACUUAGAGAAGACAUCACCCAUGGCUUUGGUUUCUACAAUUGUUGCAUUUGUUCUUCCUCUCACCACCAUAGUGGUCUCCUACAUCCUGAUUCUGCUGAAACUGAGGGCAGUCAGACAACAGGAAGAACGGCCAGUGAAACAAAAGGCCACAAAACUGAUCAUCCUCGUCUUGGUGAACUUCCUCUUGGCUUUUGUUCCGUACCAUGUGAGCAGGGUAAUCUACAUCAAAAGCCACAUCGACGACUUGGUGUCUGCUAGAAACCACGAGUCUCUAAAAAUAGCAACUCGGAUCACAUCAGCACUGACCUGCGUGAGUGGGGUACUGGAUCCUGUGAUGUAUUUCUUCCUCAACAAUGCAUACAGAGUCAAACUGCUCCAGCUGUUCUGUAAAAAAAGAGAUGAUCUAUAAGCAAUAAAUCAUGUGUAGCAAAUAAAUUCUAUAAAACAAG